UAAAACCUCAUAUCGAUUAAAAUUUUAUUUUAACAGUCGAAUAAAUACUGUAUGGUAUAAAUACAUUAGAAACAAUAACUUGAAUUUAUUAGAAUAUUUUUGAUUUUUCGUAACGAAAAUUUUAAUUUAGAUUGUUAAAAUGAAUGCCGAAGAAAGACGAGAAGCAAGACGUAGGAGAAUAUUGCAAAAUUCCGAAACCAGGCUUAAAAAAAUCACUACAUUAAGUACAAACGAAAAUUUGUUAGAUGGACAAUCAGACUUCAUAAAAGACGAAUGGGAAAAUAGUACAAUGAAUCCUGUAUUAUCUGAUUGGCCUGUUCCAAAAUGUAAUUUAGAUACUGGAACAUCAACAACAAUUCUUGAGGAGAAACGUGUUUUUAACUUUGAACCAAAUCAUCUUAAUACAAAUUUACAUUCCAAAAAUGUUACUUAUAAAAUCAAAUGUUCACCCAUUACAAUUUUACAUAUAAUAUUAUCUCAAAUUGUUUUAGUAUUAUUUUACUAUGACUUAGGAUUUUUAUUUGGCAAUUCUGUUGUGGUACCAUUUUUGUUAAGCAUUGUACCUGAGUUAUAUACAUCCAAAGAACAACAUGAUAGUAUACACAUGGUUAUGUUAUUGAUGCUGGGGCUUUCUCAGAAUUCGGCAAAAUGGAUAUCCAGGUGUAUAAAAUUGACAAGCGUAGUGGGAAAAAGGUUUUGUAUAUAUAUUUUUUGUUUUGUAUGUUCAUAUGCUAUGUUAACACUUAUAAAUUUUGAUAUCAAACACACCAGUUCCAUAACAUAAUAAAAAAUAAUUUAUUUUUAUUUUUAA